AUGCCGGCAUCCAAAGAGAGUGACAUUCAAUGCGCCAUGGGCUCGCCCGGUUCCUCUGAGGUGCAUCCCUCGUACUGUCUGGAACAUACUGCAAAGCUGGCUCAAGGAAACGAGGUCCUCAGCAAGACGAGCCCCUUUCCGUCCUUUUCACAUACGGAGCAAAGCAGCCCGAAUAGCGCGACACCCAGUCGAACUGAUACCGCCGUCCUCAUUGACCAGCUCGUGACGGCAUUGCCUGAAUUGCGACCACUCGACUCUCCGGCUAGGGCGGCCACUCAGGCAGAACAGAAACAGACCUUCCUUCGCGGGUGCCGCUUGUACCCUAAGGCCAUAGCCUGGUCGUUUAUCUUGUCUUCUACCCUGAUAAUGGAAGGCUUUGAUACCCUUCUUAUUUUCAACUUCUUCACCUUUCCGGCAUUCAAGCGAAGAUAUGGGACACCGACUCCGGACUCCACGUAUCAAAUUUCUCCAAUGUGGCAAUUUGCCUUACCAUCUGCAGCAGAGGCCGGCGAGAUAGUCGGGCUACUUGCGAAUGGCUAUGUCGCCGAUCGGAUCGGAUACCGCUGGACCAUGGUCUCCGCAUUGGCCUUUCUGUUGCUGAGCAUUCUAUUAUCCUUUUUUGCGGUGAACAUUCGGAUGUUGUUGGCAGCGCAAAUCUUGUGUGGGAUCCCAUGGGGCAUUUUUCAGACUUUGUCGACCACAUAUGCAGCGGAAGUGAUGCCUGUAAGGCUACGUGCUUAUCUACUCAGCAAUGUCAACCUGUGCUGGGUCCUGGGCCAACUUUUGGCUUCAGGAAUACUGAGGACGUUUGUCGACAACACGUCCCAGUGGUCGUAUCGGAUUCCCUUUGCACUUCAGUGGGCGAUAUGUUUCCCCAUUUUGGUCGCAGUCAUGUUCGCUCCGGAAUCCCCUUGGUGGCUUAUCCGCCACAGACGACAGCGUGACGCCAAAAGGUCGUUGACCAGGUUAACCAGGAAGGACAAAGUCAACGUCGACCAGACAAUCGCUAUGAUGGAGCAUACUAACGAGAUUGAAAAGUACUUGAAAGAAGACCACGGAGGCAUUUCAUACUUAGACGCCUUUAAAGGGGUUGAUCGCCGACGAACCGAGAUCGCCUGUAUGGUUUGGAUCACACAGCAGGUAUGCGGGACCGGCUUGAUGGGCUGGGCGUCAACAUUUUACCAGCAGGCUGGGUUCAGUGUCAACAACGCCUUCAACCUCUCCCUCGGCGUCUACGGAUUAGCCAUAAUUGGCAAUAUGAUCUCCUGGUGGCUCUUAUCGCGUUUCGGACGUCGCAGGCUGUAUCUGAGCGGUCUAACAGCCCUACUAGCCAUUCUAUUGGUUGGCGGCAUUGCCGGCGCUCUUCCAACAUCCCGCGGCCAGCUCUGGACUCUUGGGUCCCUGCUUUUGCUCCUGACAUUUGUGUACGAUAUGACCAUCGGACCCGUGUGCUACGUCCUGGUCGCGGAAAUCCCAUCGACUCGACUUCGUGUUAAAACAGUGGUUAUCGCUCGAACAGGGUACAAUUUAGCCGGAAUUCUCAUCAACUGGAUGACUCCGCGUAUGCUAAGCCCCACGGUGUGGAACUGGAAGGGGAAGACCUGUUUCUUCUUCGCUGGCACGACAGCUCUAUGCCUCGUCUGGUGCUACUGGAGACUGCCAGAGACCUUCGGCUUGAGCUAUCUGGAGAUUGACAUCUUGUUCGAACGGAAGGCGAAGGCUAGCAAGUUCUGCAAACUUCGGGCCAACCUCGAAAGUUCGGGCUAUUUUAGCAUAGAGCAUUCGGCGGGAGAGGCCAGCACCUGGCGGAGGUAUUAA